UUAGAGUCACCUGUUGUCUUGUCAAGUAACGGCUGCGUCGAGUAACACAUUUUAACUUUUAUGUGAGUCUACAAAGUGAAAUAGUUCCCAUAACCUUAAGCUUGUUGGAGUUGUGAAACAAUUCUAAAAGUGUAGCGAAGGACCAGUUGGUUAAGAAUUGCAGGUUUGAGCCGAGAACUGAAAACGCCCGAGAUUGUGAACAUUCGCUCUCCAGGACCGUUGGCUGACGUCAGCUAUUUUUGUAAACAAACAAUCUACUAACGCUGCAAAUAGCGAGGGUCGAUUUAAAACGGCUAACGUUAGUUAGCUUCAGUUGUUAAAUAGCUCCAGGAAUUGCUGCUAAAUCCAUCAAUGAAGGAAACUAUGAAGCCUGUGAGCCACCAGCAGGCCAGCCAGCUGCUCCAUAACAAGUUCGUUGUGGUGCUGGGAGACUCAGUCCAGAGGGCUGUCUACAAGGACCUUGUUCUGCUGUUGCAGAAGGACAAAUAUCUCUCCCUGAGACAGCUCAGGAGCAAGGGUGAGAUGAGCUUUGAACAGGACUGUCUGGUGGAAGGAGGUUGUCUCAGUGAAAUGCACAACGGAACGGCGUACCGGGAGGUUCGACAGUUUCAGUCUGCCCACCACCUGGUCCGCUUCUACUUUGUAACUCGGGUUUACUCUAGCUACAUGAAGAGCAUCCUGGAAGACUUCCGCCAUGGUUUGAAACCAGAUGUAAUCAUAAUGAACUCCUGCGUUUGGGAUAUAUCUAGAUACAAUUCCAAAUGGUUGGAUGACUACAAAGAGAACCUCCAUAAGUUCUUUGGUGAGCUGAAAGGGAUUCUGCCUGAGGAAACGCUGGUCGUAUGGAACCUCACCAUGCCUUUAGGAGAGGGUAUGAAAGGUGGUUUCCUGGUGCCUGAGAUUGAACACAAGGCUCCCCAGCUGUGUUAUGAUGUGAUAGACGGCAACUUUUACAGUGGUACUCUGGCUGAUGCCUAUGGGAUGGAUGUGCUGGACCUCCACUUCCAGUUCCGCUUCUCACUGCGUCAUCGUACCAAAGACGGCGUCCACUGGAAUGCCAUCGCCCACCGCAGGAUAACCUGUCUGCUGUUGCAGCACACUGCGCAGGCCUGGGGUGUUCAUAUGUCAUGUCCAGUGGCCACUGUUGAGCAUCCAGAGGUUACUGUUCAACAUGCAGCCAAAAGAAAUGCUUCCAAAUCUGCAGAUUACUACUACAGGCCUCCCUCCAGCCAUUACCAUCAACAUGAGUACGUGAUGAGGAGCCGACACGUCAGUCACCACUACAUUCCAUACACCAAUCCCAGAUCCAGCCGACAUGGCAACUACUACUGAAGCAGGGAGUUUUAUUUUUUUGUCCUUUUUCUUAUAUUGUAAAUUGGUUUUCUUUUAGUUUUUUUUAGCUUCUUUCGCACCAAGACUAGAUUUUAAAUAUUUUCUAUUUCAAAGCAUUUUUAGUUCUGCACUUGUCAGGUGCUGUGUUUUAUUAAAAGUUGAUGCAAAGAUUUCA